AUGGGCGGCAAGUACAAACCGUACAAGCCUGUGUUGGUGCGGAAGGGGACAGGAACCAAGAAAUGUGAUUGUUCAUUCAGGCUCAAGGCGAGAUACACAUCAGAAGAUGGUUUGUGGAGGUUGAUUGUAGUACGUGGCGACCACAACCAUGAGCCAACCGAGACUCUGGUUGGCCAUGCCUAUGCCGGUCACCUUACAAGUCAAGAAAAGGAUAUGGUUGGUAAAAUGGUUGACAAUAGAGUGAAGCCAGGUAACAUGUUGCUGGCAUUGAAGGAUGCCAACCCUCAGAAUCUGACUACCAUAAGACAAGUGUACAAUGAGCGGAUGACACACGUUAGGGCCAAGAGGGGACAAUUGUCAGAGAUGCAACACUUGAUGAGGUUGUUGGAGGAAGACGGGUACACGCAAUGGUCCAGAACUAAAGAGGAUUCCACGGUGAUUCGGUCCUUAUUCUGGGCCCAUCCAGUUUCCAUCAAACUAUUCAACCAAUUUCCUACUGUUGUCUUGCUUGAUAGCACGUACAAGACCAACAAGUAUAUGAUACCAUUGUUGGAGAUGGUUGGCAUGACAUUAGUUGGAUUCACAUACACCAUCGGUUUUGGCUACAUGUGCAAUGAACGUGAACCUGAAGUUACACGGGCACUUGAAAAAUUAAGGGGGUUGCUACUUAGGGAAGAGGACAUGCCUAAAGUCAUGGUUACUGACAAAGACACUGCUUUGAUGAACGCAGUUACAACCACAUUCCCUACAGCAGCUCACUUGCUAUGCCAAUUUCAUAUUGCUAAGUGUGUGAAGGCAAAGUGCAAGCUCACUAUCCAAGACAAGGAGAUGUGGGAUGAUGUCGGGGACGCAUGGAAUAGAGUCAUGUAUGCCGAGUCAGCGGAGGAGUUUAAUGCAGGCAUGGACUUCUUACGUUCACUUGUUGGGGAGCACUCUAACCUCAUGAAUUACAUUAAGGAAACUUGGUUGCCGUUUAAGCACAAGUUUGUGAAGUAUGCGAUUGACCGUUAUAUGCACAUGGGUGCACACGCAAAACUGAAAGCGUGCAUCAAAGAUAGCAAGAGUGACAUGUGUGCGGCUUGGGCAGCUAUACAUAGGUGCACACUUCUCCAGCAUACAAGGAUUAAUGCUGCUUUUCAGGCAAGUAUCUUUAUCAGAAAGCAUACAUUUAAGGAGAAGUUGUACGACAACCUGCGUGGUGUAGUCUCAAGAUAUGCCCUCAUGUUGAUCGCAAAGGAGAAAACGCGCGUUGGAAAAUGCGGCUGCACUACCAGGAGGACACACAACUUGCCUUGUUCAUGUCGUCUUGGUAUGAUGACCACUAUUCCAUUGACGGCAGUGGACCAACAUUGGAGGAGGCUUACAUCAACAUCUGCACCUGAUGAAUCCCAACCUGUUUUGGGAUUGAGCAUUGGACAGAGUUAG